GAGGAGGAGGGGCGUGGCCAGCGUGUGCAGUCUCUGCUCUGCUCUCCGGAGCUGUCCAGCCGCUGUCGCUGUCCGUGGUGCUGAUCGCGGCCGGGGAGAGGAGCGGCGGCGAGGAAAGGUUCUCCCCGGGGAUCGGGAAAAGCAAACACAGCGCAAGCAUGUGCCCAUUGUGAGCAGGAGCCCGGGGGGCCCCUCAUCUGACACACAGCGGAGGCCUCCAGCACCAGGAUGGGUCUCCCUGCAGGCACCGUCCUCUGUCUACUGCUGCUUACCUGCUGCCCCCACAGGGGCCUGGGGGCCCGGAGCCACGGCUGCCUCUUUGAUCUGAGGCUCUGCUCCAAGGAGGAGGUCUGUGUACAAGAUGGGUUAUUCGGUCAGUGUCGGGAUCGUUCGGAAAGGGACGUGGGACAGUUUCAGGUGUCUCCUAGAACUCUGCAACAGUUACAAGGCAUUCUCCGUCGUCUGUCAGCCAAAGGGUUGUCUUGGAAGGAUGAUGUGACGCAGCGAGUGAUGGCUCAUGAAAUGGGCCGCAUCCCGCAGCACAAAGCUCUGCAGCCUUUCGAUCUUUUGGAUGAAGAGAGAUCCUCAUUGGCUCACUUGCCAGGGAGGACGAUUCAGCGUCUUACAGGUCCAUCAUCAGCUCAGAGGUGGACCAACCAAGUGGAUUCCCUACCAUAUUUCAGAUCAAAGGUGUCAUCAUCAGAUUCUUUAUCAGGACCACAAAGACUUCCCAUGAGCCUCAAGCAGAAUAUGUCUCCUCUGCUGGAUCGAUACCUGACCUACGUUCUGCUCUCCUCUCAGUCACCCAGUUCACAGCUGGGCUUACAGGACCCCAACCGUGUGAGGAAUUCCCAGCACUUCUUUGCUGCCACUCACUCCUGGCCAGAGGGUGCGAGACGUGUUGUCUACGGGAGGCUUCAGGGUGGACCAGAAUCACCUUUACCUGUUCAGUGGCCCAGUGACACACACCAUUCCUGGGCAGAACUAAGAAGGAAGCUUCCCCGUGACAGUGUGGACAGCAGCUUAAUGGAUGAUGUUCUAGACAGUACCGAAAGGAUUGAGAGGAUGAGCCAGAUAACUAAAGGUGACCAGGACCGUCAGCCGAAAGAAGAAGGAAGGACACUGAAAGGCCCUCUGGGAAAGCAGAACAUGGUGGAGAUGCAGUCUGCUCCAGAUGUACAAAACUUGGGAGAGGGGCAGAGUUUGGUGGGAUUGUUUGAGAAAUAUGGUGUAGACUUGAGACAGCUGAGCGAAUCACAACUGGAGCAGCUGUCUGCUUUUCUUCAGCUUACCCAAUCAGAUGCUCUACAGAACCAGGGAGCAAGGAAUGUGGAUAAAAGCCCGCCGAAAAGAGUCUCUGAAGGGGAGAUGCAGCACUUGGCCCAGGAUGAACCGCAGUUCUCAUCUCCAGAACUAUCCCCAAGGGACAUUUCUCCAGCCCCCCUGGCCCUAAAUACUGACCAGCGAGUGCCUGACGGGCGCAUAAGUGCAACAGCUGCCACUGUUACCACCCACCUUGUACCUGAUGCCCAGACAAUGGUGGAGCAGCCUGGGAACCCAAUGGCAGCUAUUGCUGAAGGUGGGGAAAUGAAGGCUCUGGAGAAGAAGAGUUACCCAGAAAGCCCAGAGAUGAGUGUGGACCGCGGGUAUACCCCGCAUAAAUCUAUAGAGGACUAUGGAUACAUCCUGACGGACCAAAAGCCUCUGAGCCUGAUAAAUGGGGUUCGUCUGUUGGAAAUCCUGGCCCAGCGAGUCCAUCUGUCCACUUCCAGCUUCAUCAACAUCAGUGUGGCCGGAUCUGCUGUGACUUUCAGGAUCCGAAAAAAUCGCCAGAAUUUGACCUUGGCGGAUGUGGCGGACCACGCAGUGGCUCUGAAGUCAGACCUGCAAACCGAGACGGGUGUUAAGAUUGUGCAGACAGGAACCGGACAGGUAAGGGUGACCGCGGUCAAUAUUUCUGCCUAA